AUGGCAUCUUCAGUCCCUGGUCCAGUUAAUUUACCUCAUUCCAAAUAUGAUUUAUCUACUUAUUGGGGUAGAGUCAAGCAUUGUGCUGAAAUUUCUGAUCCAACGAUGUUGUUAAACACCACUAGUGAUAUUGAAAAUGCCAAAAGAAUGGUUUGGGAUUAUAAGAAUGGUGUUACUUCCAAGAUGACCCCUGAAUUAUGGAGAGCUAAGAAAAUAUUGGAUUCAACUUUGCAUCCAGAUACCGGGGAAACAGUUUUCUUGCCAUUUAGAAUGUCUUCUUGUGUUUUAUCCAAUCUUGUAGUUACUGCAGGUAUGUUAACACCAAACUUGGGAACAGCUGGUACUUUAUUCUGGCAAAUUGCUAAUCAAUCAUUGAAUGUGGCUAUAAAUACUGCUAAUGCUAACAAGUCUCAUCCAUUAACCACCAAACAAAUCAUCACUAAUUAUACAUUGGCAGUUACUGCUUCAUGUUCUGUGGCAUUGGGAUUAAACUCCUUGGUUCCUAGAUUGAAGUCAUUAAAGCCAAACACAAGAAUGAUUCUUGGUAGAUUAGUGCCAUUCGCUGCUGUUGUUUCUGCAGGUAUUGUUAAUGUCUUUUUAAUGAGAAGUGAAGAGUUGAAGAAGGGAAUUACUGUAUUUGAUAAAAAAGGAGACGAAGUUGGUACUUCUAAAACCGCAGCUUGGUACGCUGUUGGUGAAACUGCUGCCAGUAGAGUCAUAAAUGCCACACCAAUUAUGGUUAUCCCACCAUUGAUCUUGGUUAGAUUGCAAAGAUCUAAAUUCUUGAAAGGUAAACCUAAAGGAGUUGAAAUUUUAACAAACAUAGGAUUAAUUUUUGCUACAUCAUUAGUUGCCUUGCCAUUUGCCUUGGGUGUUUUCCCACAAAGAAGAAUUUUACCAGUAACUAAAUUGGAACCAAAAUUCCAAGAUUUGAAAGACAAAGAAGGAAACAAAAUCACUGAAUUGGAAUUCAAUAGAGGUAUUUAA